AUGAUCUUUCUUUAUCUUCUCCUAUUAUUUUGUAACCAUUCGUUCAGUUUGAGCAUUGGAUCAUCGAGUGACGCACAAAAUUUGACUAAGCGUGACGCUACAGGAGACUUCUUCCCGGAUUGGGUGCCGUUCAAGAACAAACACGGUGACGAAUUGGGCGAAUUCGUGGCCGUCGUAAAGAGAAAGCCAAAGAAGCGGUUGGCUCUGCCUGCUAGUUUCGCGAUGCGAGCGCAACCGGAUCUGGAAAGUGGAGACUAUGACGAUAAAGUACAGGACGAGAACACUGGUGACGAUUAUUUUGAAAAGAAGGACUGGUCAAAUUUACCUAAGUUUGAUAAUGUUGACGUAGAGAAAUCAGAUCCAGCAAAAAUAGCAGAUAUAGACGGAAUAGUGAGUAUUAUAACAAAUUCCAAUGAAAAAGUUGAAGCGCUGAAAGAAGAGGAAAAAGCAAACGAUGAAAUCGAAGAUCAGGAUAAGGAAGUAACAGAAACUACUCAAGAUAAUAAAGAUUCUGCUAAAAAUAACAGAAUCAAUGGAAGUAAAGAGGCCCAUAAAGAGGAAAGUGACUAUGAUUAUGAAGAAAAGGCACCAGCUAAAGAUAAUCCCAAUAAAACUACAGACGAUCAGAGUGAAAGUGAGGCUAAAAAAGCAAAAAUAUUAGACAGUGUGGAUGAACUAAAAGAACGACAUGCUAAAGAGCAAAGACUUAUAUCUGAAAAAAUCAAAGAGGAAGAAAUGUCGAAAGAAGAGCUUGAAAGGGAUAAUCUUCAAGAUUCGAGGGAAUUUGACAAAUAUAACAAUAAGUUAAAUUGGAGAAAAGGAAAUGAUGAUUACGAUCAAUAUGACGAUAAAGAUUUCGAUGUUAAUGAUAAAUACAAAAUAAAAAACAAAAAAUCUAGAACGCGGGCACCGAUUCCUAAAACAAUUACUAGAACUACUGAAAAACCAUCAGAAAACGGAAAAAUUUCCGUGUUCACAAAUCCACAUGCAUACCUCAUAAAUGAAUAUGAGGAUAGCGAAGAAAAUCCUACGACGUUGAAACCUAAGAAAAGUAAAAUUUCAAGAGAAAAUGGUGCGAAAAUAUUCUCCUCACGAUACGUUGAAUCCGUGCCAAAAGAACACGAUAGCGAAAGAAUUUCGUUAGUACCGCAAGAAACCGACUCGAAAGAAGGCGAACCGACAUUAUAUUUCCCGAAAAAGAAGAAAAACAGGCGUCGAUCCAAGACCACGACAACAACGCCGGAGCCAGAUUCCGACGAAUCAGCUGACACGGUAGAAGAGCCGGAAAGGAAUAAACAUAUUUACCUAAAACCAGUAAUUCCACAGCGCACGAGCUAUGAAAUGGAUACAACAGGUGCAGAUGCACCGGCUCCAGUAGAUACUGUAGCCUCAGCCGCUGAUGCUGCGAUAGGUGCGUUAGUCGUCUCGGAAGAUCCAGUAACCGACCCUCUGCCCUCUUCAACGGAGCAAAAGGAACAAAAGGAAGAAAAGAAGCCCGAGAACUUUGAAUAUGAGAAAGGGCAUGGUGGAGAACAUCACUCUUCGGAGGAAGAGGAGCACGAAGAACACGGAAAGAAGGCUUACGAGGGCAAACACGAAGAGACGAAGACAGCGAAAGGUCACCACGACAAGGAGGACCAUCUGGGCAAGUACGACGAUCACGGUGGGGUUGACAAGUACCACCACGACGAAUCCGGCCACUAUGGUCACCACCACCACGAAGAGCAUGGCAAGAAACACGCCAAGUACGAGGAGUCAGGCAAACACUCCAAGGGGCACAGCACUAAAGGCAGCCACGACAUCCACAAGAAAGAGGAGUACGAGAAGAAUGUAGAAUUCUUCGAGGAAGAGGGAGACUACGGGGAAGACGAGAAGCAUGGUGGUCACCACGACGAGAACGGCCAUUCGAAGGGUGGUAACUUCAAGCGCGGAGGUCUUAAAGCAGAACAUGAAGGCUCCUCGAACGACAACAAAGGCCAUUACAAUAAAGGCGGGUUUGGACACUUCAAUAAGGGUCACAAAUCCGCCGCGGGGCACGACCAACACGGCCGUCAAAACAAGAAGAAGUUCGUUAAGGAGGGCAAAGAAUCCGGCAAGAAAUGGAUCUACCAUCACGGGCACCCACCAAGAACUGCCAACCUGGUGGUCAUCGAUAGACGCACCGACUCAUAUCCCAAUGCUCCGAUAGUUUUCAGC